AUGGCGACGAUGGAUUUGACUAAUGAAGUGGUGCGGUUACGCGCCGAACUUGAGAAGGUGGCGACGGAGCGGGAUAUGCUGCUGUGUGAGGUCUCUAACCUUCGAAGGGAGUUGGAGUUGAGCGAAUUGAAACACUUGCAAGAUGACAGCGCCUAUUACCCCAUUGUUCAUCAUGACUCUAUGGCUAAGUUGACGUCAGAAGGUCCUUUCUCGUGGAUGAAGUCUCUUCGCUAUGUUCCCAACUAUUAUGGAACACGACUCAUUGAGCUUAUUUAA